UCCUAAUUUUUUCACCCCAUACAAAGCAGCGUCCAUUUCAGUCAUUUUCCCUUCAUUUUGGAUCCUCCAUUUCAAUCUGGGUUAUACCCGACUUGAAUGCUGUUGUUUUUUAUACUUUUAUCGGGUUGAUCCAACUAUAACCGGAUCUAAUCGUUGGAAACGACUUCCUCCCCAUCACUCGAUCCCUGCAAUUUAGCCUCCACGAUUUCCUCCAACUGCCGGAUUUUACUCACAUUUCUAUCAUCUUUUCAUCGGUUUAAAUUUUGAAUUCCUUGAUUAAUGGAGACGUGAUUUCAAACCUACGCUCGAGCAAUAAAGCACUCUGUCCGGUCAUUUGAAUUAUACGGGGAAGCGUUUUUCUCUAUCUCCACUGUCUCAUUCUUCUCAGAACAGUGAGCAACAUUUUAUGUUAUGUUUCAAUCAUAGUACAUAACUGAUUUGUGUAGGUCAAAAACAUCAUCCAAACAUCUUGAAGAUUUGCAGUGUAGACCAUGGAUCCAUCAGUUUUUAAACUCUGGCCGGACACAUUGAUAUUACAGGUGUUCGUAUGUUUCUGUUGCUAUCUAAUCAUGGAGAAUGGUCGUCAGCGUAUACCUUUGGGUUCUCUGUCUUCUUCUUCCGCGAGGAGUGGUCGUAAGCGCAUCUCUUUGGCUGCUCUUUCUCCUUCCUCCGCGAGAACCGGUUCCAAUAUUGCACAUUGGUACUUGGUCAAGCCACUAACCGAAGUCAUGACUCAAGAUUUCAACUCAGGCACCAUCACUGCCAGUGUUGGUGGUAGUCAGGGAUAUCUCACGCCAUCACAGAGGCGGCUACACGGCGAAGAUCUCUCUGGUAAUAUGAUUAAAAUUAGUAAGGGAUAUCUGACGCCAUUACAGAGACGGAUACACGGCGUUGAUCUCUCCAGUAGGAAAAGUAUUGGGAAGAACACACUGGAGAGGCUUUGGCAAUAAUUAAUCAUGCUUCAUCUUAUUAAUUUGACAUUGUCUGUGAUCACAGUUUUUCAAAGAGUACAACGAAUUGGCACUGAGUCUCCUCACUACAUCACUUGAAGAAAUGCAGUGAAGAUUUUGGAAAUUCAAUUCCAGACACUGUACGGGUAUGCCAAUGUAUUAGAGAGGCAGGGCUCCCAGCCAAGUUUUUAUUACUUCGGCUGCCACUAGGUUUGUAUUUUCCCAAAACAUCAUGACUUGCACCAUGAGGCUCUGCUCUGAAGCAGAAGUCUUGGUAAUAGCGUGAGGUGCACUUGAAACAAGUGAGUUCAAGAUGAACUUGAUGUGGGAAUCUUUUAAACUACUGAUCUUGAUCCCAUCAACUGGUUAAAAGAAUUCCUAGAGGCAUAAUGUUGUAACUGACCUACUCUACCUACUCUGCCGGGUUAACAGGCUUCAGGAGGAUAAUUGUUUGUAAUUUUUUUAUUUUUUUUCAAUUUGGUGCUAAAUAAAGCAGGAAGACAUCAGUGCUGUAAGGAUGUCUAGCAUGUAGUACAAUAACGAAUUGACAUUUGAUACAUGAUAGGGUGUAGCUACCUCAGGUGUCAAUAUUGUAUUCUGAUUGGAAUUUCUGACCACUCUUAAGAAGUUUAGUAAAACGGAAUGAAAAUAUGAUUAGAUAAUGAA